CAAUGAUUUGAAGCAUAAAAAUACACAAUUCAUUUCGCGUUUCUCGUUUUUUUGCCAUACUUUCCGAAAAGAGAAAACGAGAAAUUUUCACUAGUAAUUCGUAAGAAAUAGUGGGUGUCCUUCCAAAAUUUAACUGCACACGAUUUAAAUCUAAUGGAUAGGAUUAAAUAAUUGUGUGGUUCUGUACGCAAGCGUAAUGAAGGAAGUGAAAAAGUGUCAGAAACUUGUUUCCCUAAAUUGAAAUGACGUGAAAAUACAAUUUUAUAUACUUUUAAGUGCGAAAUGUGUUUGUUGUUGUGCGUCUGAUUGUGAACCAUCAUGAUGCAAUCAACGUCGGAGGGAUGUAUGAACAUCGCCGAGCUCGCGAAUCAGCUGAGGCGAGAAAAGAUAUUUAUCAACUCUGAGAGGCAGCUGUUGCAAAAACUCAAUGAGGAGGUGGAGAAGCGGGCUCUGGAGCUGUUGCAGGUGGCCUGGGUGUGCUCGCAGCAGCGCCAGAACCUCACCAACUUGAUCACGUCAAGAUGUGAAGCUGACUCCAUAGCAUUUUGUCAGAGAGCUAGUCUCCUUGAAAGAGCAAUAUUCGUGGAUGCCUACAAAGUCUUGAAGUACAAGGAAGUAACAGCCCUAGGCGAGCUCCUAGGAUGGCUCCGGGAAUCUCCUCACCUAGUCUCCCUCUGCCUACUCCUAGGCGAGGACCACAUCCCGCCCAGUCUACCAUCAGCUCUAGUGGCCGGGCUGUACGGAAGUUGCCGGUCGGCUUCCGACAGGACUAGGUUCCUGGCCGUCGUCAGGUCGCUCAUCAAACACCAGUUGGCUACUUCGAGUGAUCCGAGAAAGUUGUUCCGCACAGGCAAGUGCGCCCUCUCCUCUCUAUACGCGGUAUACCGAGAUGGUCACACUCCAGCGCGCCAGUUCCUGGUAGCAGCGCUACAGAACCCCGUGAUGGCGGUGCUGCAUGAGGACGAGUUCUUCCUGGAUAUCGAUCCUGAUAAGGCUAUGGAGAGGUUCUCCCCAGCAGACAGAGUCAAGAAAUUCGGCCAGCCCAACAGCCAAGAGUACGCGGCUAAAGUAGCCCGGUACCGCAAGUGGACCAUUCAAUCGUUGUACAACCUCACCAGCAAGUUCAUCGCGUCCCUGAGAGAACACUGGCCCAACUUCCCCGCAACUAUUGCCUGGAUUGUACAGCAGAUUGUUCAUCUAUUGAAACAGCAUUCUAGAACAUCAGACCGCGAACUCCACGCGAUAUGCACGGACCUAAUACUGAAUCACUUCAUCUGCCCCGCCAUCGUGAACCCCGAGGCACACGGCGUGGUCGAGGUGCCGGUGUCGUACAUCGCGCGCUUCAACCUCAUACAGAUCGCGCAGAUCAUACAGAUGCUCUGCCUCGCCAAGUAUCAGGAGGUGGAAGCGAAAGUCCGCGAUGUGUACGUAAAGUUCGAGCGUUCCUGCGUAUGGACGCUGAUCGAGAACGUGGCGAGCGAGGCGUGGGCCAUGGCGCCCGCCGCCGCGCAGCCGCACGCCCACGCCGAGUCGCCGCGCAUCGCCACCGACGCGCGCCUGCACACCACCGUCGCGCUCUUCACGCCGCACGAUGCGCAGCUGUUGAUAACGUUUCUGAAGCGCAUUUCGUCGAAGCUGAACAACAAUACACCAAGCGUAACAGCUGACGAUCAGUCAAGUGGACCCGUCGCUGAGGCCGCAGCUUUAAGUAGUGAAUCCAGCAGUGAAAGUUCAAGUAACGGGGAAGCUUGUGCGAGCCGGCUAGCCGCCAUACUACACACUUCUGAACCCAACUACCGCAGCCGCCUACAUGACUUGCUAAGGAAGAUGCCUGACCUCUCUAAAUACAGGCAAUCCACACCAACAGAAUCAAAAGACCCGUCCCCAGUCGAGAACGGUCACUCCAACAAGAAGAGCAUACUCGCAAAAGUCCAAAGGCCUCGUCUACCCCGGAGUGCCAGUUCCAACUCCUCACUGGCCUCGUCCGGGGACGAUAAGCCGGUGAAUGGUAGUGGGAGUAAGGAGGACAGUCAGGUGGAACAGCUUGAGGUCCUGGUCAUCAAGCUGGCUAAUGUUGAGGAACAUGAUUAUGUGGGUCUGAUCCCCGAGUCGAAGGUUCUAGAAUGCUACUACGGCGGGUCUGAAGCGGGUGACGCAGACGACACGGGCUCCGCUCUCGCGGUCGCGGGCCCCGGCGCUCCUGUACAGAAGCGAACUAGGUUCUCAGUAUCCCACGACGAGGUAUCCCUCGGCAAUACAUCAGAUAAUUUAGAAGCGGUGUCAGAGGCGGCGUCCAAUCACAGCGUCACCUCAAGUCUGGAGCUUGAGACUGAAGAUCAGAACGAUAACUUGUCUGAUAUGGUAUCAGCCAACGUGAGCGGUCGCGGCAGCCCCAACAUCUCAGGUCGCGAGACGCCCUCCUCGCAAGUAACUGAAGGCGAAGCCGCCGAGCCGGCCCGACGAGCUGUCCCAGUCUCCGUGCACCAUGCUCACGCUAAACUCCUCAAGCAGACCAGGAACGAUAUCGAGGACAAGUUCUGCAAGUUUGAGAUUAAGAAGCUGCUGGAAGGCGACGAGACCAUCAGCAUAAUGUCAGACACGUGGAGCACGGACGUGCUUGCGUCAGACUCCGAGACCAUCGGCGACUCCUGCGACCAGACACAGGUCGCCGCCAGCCAGGGUACUAGCACGAGCAACACGAACGCGCCGGACGUAUCGGAGACGGCCAGCGAGUCCGCCUGGAGCAUGGACGUGCUGGCCUCCGAUAGCGACCGGAAUACUGAGGUGGACACGGACGACUGUGUGUCUGUAGCGGCGCGAUCAGACACGUCGUGGCCGCGUCGGCCGUCACAGCAAGAUGACCCGCCCUUCAGAAAUAAUAACCAUCAGAAUGGCAACGUGAAACGUGCUGAAGUUAGCAGUCCACGACACACUUCACGACCUAACUUAACUAACAGGUCAGGCUGCGGCUACCUAACAGCGACGGCAGCACUGUCCCGCGGCGGCGAGCUGGACCUGCCGCACGCGACGCACAACCACCACCAGUACAACAUCGAGAACAGGAAGAGCAUACUCGUUAAUGGUUACCCGGUGAUGACGUGCUACGCGACGUCAGCGCCGGAGAGCCCGAGCACGAGUGCGCCGGCGCCGAUGCCGCCUGACGUCUUCGACUUUGUGCCGCAAAACAGCAGUGGAGCUCAAACCGAAUCAACGUUGGACGCCAACAGCCAAUCAGACGCGACCAGCCAAUGGGUGGACGACAGCUUCCCCGCCCCCCACCACUCCCCCGACAGACCUUACCCCUCCACGUCCAAAUACGACCUCCCAUCCACCUCCAAACCUUAUGAUGACAAUGACAUGAUGGAUCGGUCACUAAACUCCAGCGAGAGUUCCUUCAACGCCAUGUACGGUGGACGAUUCGAUUCCGGUAUCGAUACAGAACGACCCGAAUCGGAAUCGAGAUCUACAAUCACUGAUUUGAUGACUCGAAUGAGUUCCGCGACAAUCUCAACAUCGGCCAACUUAGUUAAUAAUCUGACAUCUCGAAUAGUUAAGUCUGAGAUUCGUACGAGUAUCGUCAGUAUUUCGUCUUCUAAAAUCGAGAAGAAGAGGGAGGGGACGAGUAAUAUAUCGCUGAGUACGUUAUCAGUGAAUUCUGCUGAGACGUCGGUGUCCGAUAAGAGUUCGUCACAGGAUGUUAACUCGGAGAUCGUGACAGAAAGACGUGUCAGUCCACCGCCUGUCAAGAAUGUGUCUACUGGAGCUAUUCCUAAGAGCAUUAGUUUUGAUGCUACGGCCGAGAAGUCUCAAAGGAGACGUAUCGGUGAAGACGGUCUAGUGGGCAACUUGGACGAACUGAAGAAUAACGUGAAGCGCUCGGGCGGCAACCUGCUGCACAAGAUCAAGAUGUUCCGGCAGAAGGGACGCUCGCACACACAUCAUAAUGACGUAAAACUCCCCGAAGAAGAGAACCGCAGCGACGACGGCAGCCGACCAGACCUCGUCCCCGGGGAAAGUUCUGAGGAGAUCCUCGCCAAGUACAGGCGCAAGUGUUCCACGGAGUCCAGCGGCUCCAAGCACAAGCGCAGCCAGCGCCGCGUCUCCGACGUGCCUGAUGCUGAACUGGACAGAUGCGAGGGCGUGGUGGAUCUGAAUGACCCCGAGGUGUUCAACAGCAUGAAGCGCAAGCUGCGCCUGGUGCUGUCCAACCCUGACCUGCACUGCGAUGAGUACGUGCCUAAUCGCUGCACAAGCACGUCACUCGUGGAGUGGGUGCGGGCAGCGGGCGCCGGGGCGGCGGGCGAGGCGGGCGCGGCGCACGCGCAUGAACUAGCCCGCGCGCUCGGCCACAGCGCGGGGCUGGCGGCGCGGCUGGCGGCGGCGCUGCGGGCUGAUCUGGCAGCACGCCGCCCGUAUGCUGCGUAUCUAGCGUCGUGUAGGGCAGCCCUUGCGCAUAGUGAUCAUGCGCUCACCAGGCAGAUCCGCCAAGUCCGCGAAGAAUGCUGCUGGUGCUGCCGCGCCGCUGCCGCAGCCCGCGUGCUGGAGCAGCUCGAGCGCGGCAGUGCGCUGCGCCGCCUCGCGCGGCACCACCACGCGCACGCCAAGCACGCCAUGCACCACGGGGGUGAACUGAUGGAUGACAAAGCACCAAGACUGACUGCUAGCAUUAAAGCUAUCACGGCUGAAAUAAAGGCAGACCCCUCCUGGGAAGGUGCUACCCCCACGUUACUGGAGAGUGCGGAGGUGACGGUAGAACGCGCGGCGUUCGCGAGACUGUACCUGCACGUGCUGUUCCCGAAUGGGGACGGAGACAUCGCGAGGGAUCAGGUGCUAAGCGAGCACAUCCGUCGCGUGUCGAGCGUGACGUCGGCGCGGGCGUGCGGCGUCGCGGCGCCGCACCGCUGGGCCGCGCCCUACCCGCGGGCACAGCGCCAUCUGCGCCACCUGCCCGUCUACAGGACGCCCAGGGAUAAGCUGUCGUGUAUAAUGCGUUGCGUGACGUCGAUCAUGGCGGUGCUGGGGCUGACGGAGGGCAGCACUCCCUCCGCCGACGACCUCACGCCCGUGCUCGUCUAUGUUAUACUCAAGGUAAACCCACCAUCACUUCUCUCAACGAUCGAGCUGGUAAACGCCCUCGGCGGUUCCGCCCUCCAGGGCGAAGCCCUAUACUGGUGGACACAGUUCUGCGCCGCCGUCGCCUACAUCAAGACCAUGGACUACCCGCGGCCAGACAACAACGAUACCUAGCCCAUACAGACGCGCCUGAUUUCAGCGCGUGUUCCGGAUACAAAAUUGGAAAUCAUUCGCCGCCCUCGGUGCCACUCCGUAUAAGCAACGAUAUAGGACAAGUAAUAUUAUACUCGCUAUUUUAUUACAUCGCUCAUGUAGGAAUCUUACUAUCACAUCUUUGAAAAUUUAGCUUUUCUGUAAACCAUGAGGCCUAUUCGAAUAAACCCAGUGGGUAAGCUAAGUUCAUACCUGAACUAUAUUAGAAUAUUUCACUAGUCAAAAAAUAUAAAAAAAAAACUUCUUUUUUGCCUAUAGAUGUGAUAACUAAAAACUGUUUUGCUUAUAAAGUGAAUGGCAUUCCAAAAUCUCAUAGAAAAUCAACUCAUAUUAAUCAAAAUACAUUGUACAUUUAAAGCAUUUUUAUAUAACUCUCGAAUCAUUGCAUUUCAGUAGAAAAACUUUUACUGUACACAUAGCGAAUAUCAAUUUAAAUAUUACAUCAAAUCAUUAUAACAAUAAUGUAAAAUAUAUGCUUCAAGUAACUCAAUAAUCUCUGACUAUUAAAAUUUGUGUAAUUUAAAAGAACUAAAAAUGACAAUCGCGUUUGAAAUCAUGAACCAAAAAUGAAAUCAAUAUACUGCGGAUUGCCAUAACCGAUCCAUCCAUAAUUUGUAUGAAGCUAAUGUCGGUUAUUGCAAUCCGCAGAUAGUCAAUUGUGUGGUAUCCAAUUUUACGCAAAGUUUUAUUAGUUUGAAUAUAAGCUUAUAUUAUGAAUGUAGCUGUAGGCUUAAGGAUCCAAGUUAACUAAUUAUGUAAUAGAUGAUUAUCGUAAGGUGUGCGUUCAUGAUCAUAUAAAUAACCCAUGGUCUGGGUUAAACUGAAUCUUUGAUUUCCUAUUAUUUAUAGUCUUCUAGAUAAUAUCCUCACUUAUUAUUCCGUAAUUAUUUGCGCUAUUUCCAAAUUAUUUUAAAAAUCUACCAAUCAUGGAAGUUUUUCUAUGUGAAAUUGUGCCAAUUCUACCAUUUAGGUAGGAAAUGAUCGUGAAAGUGAAUAAAGAUAUGUUUUAAUUAUUUCUGAAGUAAGCAAAAAUAUUCUCAUAACAUUUGAUUUGAUAGGAUUUUAUCUAGAAGAGAAAUGUUUAAACAUUUGUAAUAUAAUACAAUCGUUAUUAUUAUACAUAAGUGUAUUGUGUUUAUUCAACUGUUUUUAUAUAUUUUGAAUGGGCGUUCAGUAUCGCGGGAGUGGCCUAACCAUUCAUUAUGUUGUUGGUUUAUUUAUUAGUGUCUAAUGAGUCUCAACUUAUAAAAAUAUGCAGCCAUAUACCAAGAUUGCCUAUCAUCAGAAAAACUGCAAAAUAUUUAAAUAAAGGUCUAUCUGUCACUGAACAUAAAUUAAUGGCAAAUUAGUCUAUAUCUCAUAACGCUCUGGUAGAGCCUGCAUAUUUUGUUUUUAAAGUUGUGACUCGUGUAGACAAUAUUAAUGUUGAUUUUGUUCAACCAGUGUGUUGCAACCGCGUAUAUUCAUGUCGGCUAAGAUAUUUUUGUUAUUAAUACUCGAAAGCUAAAAACUUUAUAAAAUAGCCAAAAAUAUAUAUAAAAGUAAUUGUUUUCAGCGUGAGACAAUAUCCCCGCUUGCAACACACAUUCGUUUAUAAGAUAUAUUUAUAUUUUGUUUCCAUGUACCUGUAUAGAACGUUAGGGUCGCCGCCGACCCUCCUGCGCACUGUUACCUAAUACGACAUCUCGAUUGGACUGUGAUUUUAGAGUCGGAUAUAAUACUCGAAAAUGUGUAUUUUUGAAAAUGAUGUAGGUAUCUAAAGGUGUGAUAAGUAAUAUAAAAAAAGAUAUCGAAAAUAAGAGGCCGAUUUUAAUAAUAUAAUUUAUUGGAAAGUGUACAUUUGAUAGUUUAGUGUGUAACUUAGGUUCAACUAGUAAUAUAGCGGUUUAACUCGCUCAUGUAAACUUUACUCCAUGUAAUCAUUGAGAAAACCCCGUAAUCAAAAUAUCAUCAACUCUCAUUACUAGCGUAGAUGUAAGUUAAGUUUUAUUCGUUGUCUAAGCACCGGUUUACUUCGCACCCCGAUUUAAAAGACACUAUUUUUGAACUAACUUAGUAUGUAAUGGAAUCUAAUAAAACAGUAGGAUGACUACGUAAUUAUUUUGAGCGUCAGAAACCCAUGCUUCGUUGUAACGCCAAGUCUUAGUUCUCAGAUGUAAAUUGAAAAUAUUCUUCAGAAUAGUUAAAAUAUACCUAGAAAAAAAACUAAUACAUUCGAUAGCUAAAAGCUGGCGCACAUAGAAAAUAUUUAAUAGGUACACAAGUUAGGGUCUAGCCCUAUCCUAAACUUAACCAUUUUCCGACAGGAUAGUUGUCAAAUACAUUAGUUUCAACUCUAAUUCUUAUCAUGAAAAUUUCAGCCCUGACAUAAUAGCUUUUGAAUAUCUUGCCCAGUAGUCAGGCGUAUAGAGUAUGUAGGAAGCGCUGCCACACGGCUCGUGUAAACAUGUACCUAAUGUAAUCAGAGCAAUGAAAUAUAUUUAGCAAUAAUAA